AUGCGUUUUAUUGCUGCUGCGCUUUCUCUCUUCACAGCACUCGCUGCUGCGAAUACCCAGACCGUCGAAGUGUCCGCGCUGCACAUGGCCGGACGGGGUAAUCUCGCUACAUCAAGCGUCCAUUUCGAUACAACAUCCUUUACUCUGGACAAGGGAUCUGCUUAUGAGGUCUCAUGCAAGGCAGACUACGUCACAGCCAUCCCAUCGGGCAGAUUCACGGGCGAAUGUCUAUACCCUGGUGGUGACCGUGCUCCGUGGGCUUUCUCCUACGACAAGAUCACGGAGAGUUCUAAGUUCCUCUUGACUCUUUACAACAGUGAUGGUGCGGCGCGUACAGGACGAGGAACGGUGCCUACCUCUUGCAGUGUGAACGGAGACGAGUUUACCUGCGACCAGUCUGAGCUGAUCUCCAUUACCGUGUCGGCUUAA